AUGGAUGCUGUGAAAAAGGUCUUCCCAUUUCACUUGGCCGCAUGGAAAGUCGCGAGAAACGCCAUCGACGCAGCCGUAAACGAGCCAAACGAAUUUGAUAGUGAUCGCAUGAUUCAACAAUGGCGUGCAGCCAUGCUAGCCCAACUUUCCAACGUCGAAAUCAUUGGAGCUGUUAUGAGUGCCACCAUCGUUGGCGCCUUCACUUGGCCUUCUCUCGAGAGACUCUCCCCCGUGGCCAAUACCAUGGUUCGUGCCCUCUGGUACAGCAGCUUGGUACUCAGUGUUGGUGCCGUUGCCAUGAGCUUGCAGCAGAGUGUCUUUUUAAUGCGCAUCGGAUGCUUACCUCAGGCAAACGCCAUGUGCCGGCGCAUGCUCUCGCGUGAUAUAGGCCUAGGCCAGCGUCUCCCACGCUGGGAUCAGGUGAUUCUUUGGCAGACUGCGGUAGGCUUGCUUGAGUUUAGCAUAUACACGUGGCUGGCCGGGUUCAUCGCCUUCAUUGGAGACACAACUUACAUGGGAUUAUCGAGUCCUGGUAAAGGAAAUCAAGUGGUUGGUCAUAUCAUAUAG